CUAAGAUGAAGUAAUAGCAUCAUCUUUGUAUAGCAAUAUUAAGAGUAUUAUAAUAUUAAUAUAGAAAAUACUAAUAUUAAUAUAGAUUGGUCAACCUUCUGUAUAAUCAAAAAGUAAUUUGGGGAAAAAAAAAGAAGAAAGAAUUUUUAAAUGGCAAAUCAAGAGGACCAUAUAAAACCUCAAUGUCUUCCGAAAAGUAUUGACCGAGUUGUCAUUAUUGUUGGAGGAUCAAGACACGAGUGUUACAUCAGUACGAUUUUAAAUUUUCCUGAUACGAGAUUGUUUUGGAUAGCUGAGACCGCUUUGGCCAUGGGAAGUAUAAAUACAGAUUCUUGCGAAUUUUACUUUGAUAGGCAUCCAAGAUGUUUUGAAAAUAUUUUAAACUAUUGCCGAACAGGUAGACUCCAUUGUCCAAACGACGUUUGUGGUCCAUUAUUUCAGGAGGAACUUAAGUUUUGGGGGGUUGAUGAGUCUAUGAUGCAACCUUGCUGUUGGCCAAGAUAUAGUGAGUUCAGAGAUGUAAGUAAAAACUUAACAAUGUUUCAAGAUGAAGAUGAAGAAACUACUUCAUUAAAAGAAAAAUCUGAUAAGAACUUGAAUGUAAGAGGUCCUAUGAACAAACUUUCUCAAAAAAUUUGGAGUCUUUUAAAUUUAUCACAAAAACGUUACAUUAGAAAUAUAAUUUCUUUUGCGAACAUUUUAAUAUUGAUGCUUUCUAUUGCUACUUUCUGCUUAUCGACCGAGCCAACAUUGAAAAAGCAUGAAGAGUUAUUUUAUUCAUUUGAAAUAUUUUAUUGUGUUUGCUUUUCAUUGGACUUCUUUUUAAGUACUAUGUGUUGUUCUUCAUUAGUUAAACAUUUCAAAGACUAUCUUACCUGGUUUGAUAUUGUAUCAAUUUUACCAUUUUAUUUGGAAAUUAUUAUUAAAAAAAAAGACGUUGAUUUGCUGUUACCAAUGCGGUUACUUCGUAUUCUUCGGCUCCCACGUUAUUUUAAAAAUUUAAGAGGUGUCAUAGUAAUAGUCAAAACAUUAAAAGCAAGUAUGGAACUUCUGAUGUUGCUUGUAUUUGCGCUGGGUGUUCCCAUGAUAGUAUUUGCUACUAUAAUGUACUAUACUGAAAAGAAAAAUGGUUUUGAGAGCAUUCCACGCUCAUUUUGGUGGGCAAUAGUUACUUUAACAACUGUUGGUUAUGGAGAGAUGGUACCAACAACUGUACCAGGUAAAAUUAUUGGUGGAAUAUGUGCCAUGUUUGGAAUACUUAUAGUUGCGCUUCCGAUAUCUGUUAUUGGUAGUAACUUUUCAUUCUACUAUUCCUACAUAAAAGCAAAAAUGGAACUUCCAAAGCAUGAGCAAAAUGCUUUUGUAAAUCCAGAUGAAAUAGCUAAUGAAAAAAAAUUUGUAGACCGUCGAUUCAAUCCUGCCAAAAAGAAUCAUAUACUUAAAGUAAAAAAAUACUCAAUCCAGAAAACGUCCGAAAUCCCAAAAGACGAUAAUAUUGUAGACUCGAAUAAAUCUAUACGUCUUACCAAGGUAUCCGUUUUAAAAUCCGGUAUUUUAAAUUCACUUACAAGUAGAGUUUUUGAUGAUUCCAUUCAUUACAAGAAUUUUCAUGAUGAAGAGACAUCAUUUCAAACGAGUAAUAAUGAACAUACAAUCAAUAACAUACAAAGUUAUGAGCAUAGUAACAGUAAGUUUUAUGACGAUGAAUUUAUUAACAAUGGAAGUAAUACUGAUAAAAAUCUUUGCAGUGAACCAAGAGUCUAUGAAAAUAAUAACGAUAACCUCAUUAAAAAUAAUGAAAUUUCUCAAGAACAAAUAAAAAAUUCUUUUACAAGCAUGGCCGAGUUUCAUAGCUUUAAAAAUUCGACCGAAAGUCAACACUCAACAAACAUAACAGCAACAGUCAACAAAUGUAACAGCGAAACAAAAGACAGACAAACAAAGGAUCACACAUUUAUAAAUGCAGAUCAGAGCGACCCGACAAAAAAUCACAAUAUAUAUUCAGAAGAUGCUAAUAAUAAAAUUCACAAAUACAAAAAAGUUAUUCACCUCGAUAUCGGACAGUUUCAACCAAGAAGAAUAAGCACAAAAAACAGAGCAGCAAUACGCCAAAAGCUCAAUAGUUUAAACAAAAGUAAUGUUCAAAUUAACAAGCGAAAUCGCACUGUAUCGCUAGUAAAACAAGAUGUUGGAAAAAAUGAAGUUUUAGUAUGGUGUGAUGAUUCGGAAGAAGGUAAUGACAUAUAAGCUAUAAAAUAACUGUAAAAAAGUUAUGUACAUAGCAACACUAUCGCAUUUUCACAUGUCUAUAGAUAAAUUAAAAAAAUAUUUAUUUUAAACACAACUGCAAGAGUUUGGCCUCUAAUGAUAAAACCCUUAUUAGACUCUGGUGAGUGUGGUGGUGUAAUUGCCGCGUUCAAUUUACAUGCUUUCGACUAGCACCCUAAUUUUUUAUACAAUUGUAAUUGUUAUAAAAUGUGAGAUUUUCUUUACAAGUACUCGAAA